CGGAAAAAUCAGCAAUGAGAGUGCCUCUACGUGAGACCUAGGGUUUACCCAAUUUAAAAUGCAUACUGUAACUUUCACACGGCAUUUUCUACUGGACGUUCCACACCACAUAAAGCAGUUGCUGACGAAUGAUCAUCAUUUCAAUUUCAACUGAUUUGAAGAAUUUAAUUUUGUAAUUCUAGGGUUUAAGAGACUUGUCGAUAUCAAUCAUUCUGGAGGUGGUGUGAAAAAAUGGGGGUGGAACCGAAAUCUGCAAAUGAGUCGGAUGAAUUUCCAGUGGGCAUGCGAGUUUUGGCUGUGGAUGAUGAUCCCGCUUGCCUUAAGAUCUUGGAAGCCCUCCUUCGUAAAUGCCAAUAUCAUGUGACAACUACAAAUCAAGCGGUUUUGGCCUUACAGAUGCUAAGAGAAAAUAAAGAAAAGUUCGAUUUGGUUAUUAGUGAUGUUUGCAUGCCUGAUAUGGAUGGUUUUAAGCUUCUUGAACAUGUGGGGCUUGAGAUGGAUCUUCCUGUCAUAAUGUUAUCUUCAUAUGGAGACACAAAACAUGUGACAAAAGGAAUAUAUCAUGGAGCUUGUGAUUAUUUGCUCAAACCCGUUAGAAUUGAAGAGCUAAAGCUUAUUUGGCAACAUGUGAUUAGAAGAAAGAUUGGGAAAAAUCGCCUUGAUGAGGUGGAAAAUGUAUUUUCAGACAAAAAUGAAAAACCAAACAAAAGAAGAAAAGAUUCAUCAGCACAAAAAAAGCCUCGCCUUUCUUGGACUAAAGAUCUACAUAACAAAUUUGUUGCAGCUGUAAAGCAUUUGGGCGUUGACAAGGCUAUUCCAACAAGCAUUCUAAAAGUGAUGAAUGUGGAAAAUCUCACUAAACAAAACGUUGCUAGUCACCUUCAGAAAUACCGUGGUUACUUAAAAAGGAUUAGCCACGAGGAAAAUCAGAAGGGUAAUAUGGUAAUUUCACCAAACAGAAGGUUGGAUUUUGCUUAUCUUCCUACUUUUAUCGGUUAUGAGAAUCAAUCUUUAGGAACAAAUUCAUAUCCACCAAACAACUUAAUUGGUGAAUCAAGUACUCCUUCUGGUAUGGGUAUUUUUGGUAUUUCAUCUUUACCGAUGAUUCAAGAAAAUGAUAGUCAAAAGUUAGCAACCACCAUAAACCUUCAAGAAGCACCGAAUGUUGUUGAUGAGUCAAUUUUAUACCCCGUUACCCAAAAUGCCCUUGGAAACUUGGUGUGUCCGAUCCAAUCAAGUUGUUAUGUUUCAAAUGACGGUUUUACCCCUAUGGGGAAUAACGUUGAAGGUAUGAUACCGCCAUAUAGUACAACAUAUGAUGGCGGUGUUGGCUCCUUGGAAGAUAUAGCGGCUGCGAUGAUGCGAGAGGAGAAAGGCAAGGGUAAGGUGAUUGUGGAAGGGCAUUCUGGGUAUUAUGAUGAAGUUUGCUAUGCUACUAGUGAAAAUUACAUCUAUACGUGAGGUUUUCGGGAAUUAUGUGUUAGUUGAUGUAAAUAUUUGGAAUUUUGGAUUUGAAGCAGAUUUUUGUCGAAUGUUAUUUGAUUAGUCAUUAGUUGUAUUUUCGUGUGUAUAUAUCUAAUAGAACUUAUGUACAAAAUAACUAUUUUAAUGGCUCAAAGCAAGGGGGUGUUUGGGAUUGUUUAUUUCAA